AAAACAUACACACAAAUGCACACAGAGCGAGAGCGAGACUGAGAGAGAGAGAGAGAGAGAGAGAGAAAUGGUGAGGUACAGAGUAUUAUUCACUGCAGAUCUCCAGAAUCUGACUAAUCUUCAACCUGCCGAUGGCGUUGAUAGUCCUACUUUCGCUUACUACUUCAAGAUGAAAUGUGGCAAUUGUGGAGAGCCGGCAAAGAAGGAGAUUAGUGUGCUUUCCAAUGUGAAAACGUCUCGUUCAAGAAAUGCCCCUAAUCUUUUUAUGAAGUGUAAGCUCUGUGAGAGAAGAGGCUCUAUGAAUGUGGUGACCACUGAUACAGGGAAGCCACUAACUGAGGAGCUUAGUGCCAUUGGGGAAUCUGCCCCUCUGAUGGAACUUGACUGCAAGGGAUUCGAUCCUGUUGAACUUGUGUUUGGCAAUGGUUGGAAAGCUAAAUCGAUUGCUGGGACCAAGUUUUUGGACAUUAACUUGUCUAAUGGAGAAUUUUCUGAAUAUGAUGAGAUGGGAAAAUGCCCAGUUGCCAUCUACAAUCUUCGUGUCACUUUUGAGGUGUUGAUGUCAGAAUAUAGAGAGUAUAUGCUAGCCAGGAGUAUACGCAUUUGGGAUUGGCAUAGAGACUGGCAUGCCGUUGCCAAGGCCAAUAAGAAAGAAACUGGGGUUUAUAGUUACUUCCCUCGCAUAGUAAGGUAUUAGUUCUGAUGGAUGAGCAAAGCAGUUUGAUCAGAAUUCUUACUUUGAACUAUGAUGAGGAAUGGUAAGAUGGUACUGGCUGAACCUGUGUAUUACGUUAUAACACUUUUAAGAACAGUUAUGCAGACAGUAGACAUACACAACUGAUUAGUAAUUGUUCAAAUAUUUGUUUGAUGAAUUAGACAUGGAAUGUCAGGAUUCUGUACAUGUGCUGUGUGCAUUAUGAGUCUGAUGUACACAGCUAACGCUUGACAUUCUUCUUUAGAGUCUUAACUAGCACAACACAGUUGAUGAAUUUGUUAGUCCAUGCUGCCUGUUUUUUUU